GUGAGUGAAACCCAGGAAGCUCCUCACUGAAGCCUUGUUUGACUGCAAGAAAUGGGGGACUUGAUACACUUCAGAAUCAGCUGCACUUCAGCUUAUGGACCUACAUCUACAUCUGAUGAACUGAGGAUUGUGCUGGUGGGUAAGACCGGAGCAGGAAAGAGUGCAACAGGAAACACCAUCCUGGGGAGAGAAGCAUUUACAGCAGUAUUCUCCCCGGAGUCAGUAACAAAGCAUUGUGAGAAACAGGUUGGAGUGCGUCUAGGUAGAAGCAUUGCUGUGAUUGACACCCCAGGAGUCUUUGACACAUCAAUGAAUGAAGAGGAGGUGAAGAGGGAAAUAGGAGAAUGUGUCCGCUUAUCUGUCCCGGGACCACAUGUGUUUCUGCUGGUGAUCAGCCUGGGGAGAUACACACAGGAGGAGAGGAAAGCAGUGGAGUGGAUCCAGAAGAAUUUUGGAGAGGGGGCAACAAAAUACACAAUGCUGCUGUUUACAGGAGGAGACCACCUGGAACAACCAGUGGAGGAGUUUCUCAGGCAAAGUAGUGAGCUUUGGAGUCUUAAAUGUAAAUUUGAAUAUCGUGUCUUCAACAAUAAAGAGAACAACAUCACACAGGUUCGAGAGCUGCUGGGUAAGGUGCAGCAAAUGGUGAAUAGGAAUGGAGGACAACAUUACACAAAUGAGAUGUACCGGGAAACGCAGAGAGAGAUGAGAGAAGAGGAGGAGAGGAAGAGGCAGGAGGAGGAGAGAAAGAGGCAGGAGGAGAGGAGAAGGAUUACCGAAGAGCUGGAGAGAACGAUCAGAGUGGAGCUGGAGAGAGAGAUCAGAGCAGAGCUGGAGAGAGAGCUCAGGGCAAACAGCCAAGAAAUGGAGAGGCGAAACGAGCAAGAAUGGGAGAGAGUGAGAAAUGAAGAGAGAAGGACGAAUAAGAGAAGGUUUAUAGGAGCAGCAACAGGAGCAGCAGUAGGAGCAGCAGGAGCAGGAGCAGCAGCAGCUGGAGCAGUUGCUUUGGCAGCAGUAGAGUUCACAACAGCAGCAAUUGCGGUAGGAGCAGUAUGUGCACCUUUACUGGGUGUAGGAGCAUUGGUAGCAGGCGGCUAUGCAAUAUAUUUAGGAAUUAAACAGUAUAGGUCCUAAGUAAAGAACUUGGCAAGCAGUUCAAUCUCAACCAUCUCAUUUCCGAACAAUGACCAGGA